CCCAAAAAUACAAUUCUUUUGUCUCCUAAAUAUGCAAAUGUAUACAUAGACAGACAGACAGACACACAGAAAGUAUGAAAUUCCAUAUGAAUAGUAUCCGUACUGUUUCCAGGGUUUUAAGAAACAGAUCUCCAUCACUUCAAUUGCAUAGUAACCAUGUCUUAACAGCUCAGCUUCAUUCAUCAAGCAAACAAACAAACAGGGGUGGUUCAUUUGGAAUAGCAUUUGAUAUAGAUGGUGUUAUACUCCGUGGCCAUACUCCCAUUGGCGAUUCCCCGAAAGCGUUGAGACGAUUGUAUCAUGAUUCUGGUAGUCUGAAGAUCCCUUAUCUGUUUCUGACAAAUGGAGGAGGUAUUCCUGAAUCCAGGCGAGCUUCGGAUUUAAGUCAGAUACUUGGAGUAAAUAUCGACCCCAUUCAGGUAGUACAGGGUCACUCGCCUUUCAAGAACUUGCUGAAGAGGUAUGAAAAUGAAUUGGUUGUUGCCACUGGUAAAGGGGAGCCUGCAGUGGUAAUGUGCGAGUAUGGUUUCAAAAAAGCCAUCUCAUUGGAUGAGUAUGCAUCUUACUUCAAUAACAUUGAUCCCCUAUCACCAUACAAACUCUGGACCACAAAACAACCCUGUAAUGAGCAAAGAAGCUCCAGUGAGUCAGUCCCAAGUUUUGUUGUGGCUUCUGAAAGAGUUAAAGCAGCUUUUGUUGUUAGCGAUCCUGUUGACUGGAGUAGAGAUAUUCAGGUUCUUUGUGACAUUUUGAGGUCGGGUGGUCUUCCAGGAGAAAAGUCUGAUCAUCAACCACAUAUGUAUUUUGCAGCUGAUGAUCUUGAAUAUCAGGCUGUGUUUCCUUCUGAGCGUCUUGGCAUGGGGGCUUUCAGGAUUGCUUUAGAAAGUAUCUUUAACAGGAUUCACCACAAGCCAUUGGAGUAUACCUCAUUUGGGAAACCAAAUCCUUCUGUGUUCAAGAAUGCAGAAUCCAUAUUGAAGCAACUUCAACCACUGACAAAUGAUGGUGAUCUCAAUGAAGAUAAUAAAGACAUGAAAUUAAACCAUUUUGAAACCCUAUACAUGAUUGGGGACAAUCCUUCAGUUGACAUCAAGGGCGCAAGACAGGCCGGAUAUCCUUGGUUUUCUAUAUUGACAAGAACAGGUGUUUUUCGAGGAAAAGAGAACCACACAGAGUAUCCUGCUGAUCAGGUUGUUGACACAGUAGAAGAAGCUGUGGAAUUUAUUUUGCAAAGGGAGGGUAAUGCUUAGUGGGAAAACAUUUUUACAAGCUCACAUUUUCAGUUCUAUGGAGAAUUUUUCCUGAAAUUUUUGAGAAAGCAAUACUACAUCUAAAUGAUGAAGAAUGCAAGUGUUUUUAGUAGUCAAUUACAUAUAUAUCACUUUAUUCUUUAAGCAAGUGCAACUAAUGAAGUUGUUCAUGUAAACGCUUUAUAGCGUGCUGACAUUUUUUGUGAGUAACUUGGCCAAUCCAUUUUUGUAGCCGAGGUUGUAUUUCUGCUGGAUUUAUUACUAAUAUAUAUAAAAAAAGUUUACUACCUUUUAUACCUGGCCAGCCUUGGCCCUAAUCAGUGAUGAUAUGCCAGAAAAGGAGCCAGUUUAGACUUGUAUA